AUGUUUGAAUUAUGUGCUAUUGUAGGAUUUGAUAGAGAUAGAUAAAAGUAAAUAAAAUAAAUAUAUUAGAGCCUAAUUUGGAUUUGCUAUUAAAAAAUGAAUAUGAACCAGAAAUAUUAGAAAUAUAUCCUGGUAAUCUUAAAAAGUCUGCAAUAAUUUCACAUUUAGUUUAAUAAUGUUUUUCUCAAGGAUAGCCUUCAUUAUAUUCUCAUGAGAAUAAAUUAAUAUACCUUAUAAAAUUGA